CUUCGCGACGCACUAGGCAUCCUCCCAGAGCUGGACCGCUCCUGGCGGCCGCCUGCAGCCCUCUGCAUCCUCAGCCUCCCUCCUGGGUCCCAGUGCACGUGUGGAACAAGAGAAGACGGUCUGUUGAAAGUGACUCUUCCAGGUUCCUGCAACUUUCUGAGGGCGUGUUGGACUAGCCGGCGGGCUUUCCACACAGCAAGGCCGCACGCAUCCUUGGGGGCGUGUCCGCAUAGCCCUUUCCAGGUAGAAGCCGUGUGAUGCAUGGAGCGUGAGUUUGCUCAAGCGAGUCAAACCAUCUAACGUAAGCUCGGCUAGUUCUCAGGACUGGGAUGGAAGAGUCAGUACCGGCGGAAAGCCAGGGCCAGCUCCCAAGCCCCCACCAUGGCUCACUGAGGAGGGCAGUGGCUGCUGCCCUGGCCCUGGAUGGGGAGUCCACACUGGGCCGCAGGAAGAAGAAGAGGAAAGAGUCUCGCCCAGAAUCCAUCAUCAUCUACCGGUCAGAUAAUGAGAAGAUGGAUGAGGAGCCUGAAGAAUCAGAAGGUGGAGAUCGGCCCAAAGAGGAGGAGGGGGAGGAUUUCCUGGACUAUCCUGUAGAUGAUGGGGUGUGGAACAUGCCUUUGGACAGCCGCUACGUCACGCUCACCGGGACCAUCACCCGAGGGAAGAAAAAGGGCCAGAUGGUGGAUAUCCAUGUUACGUUGACGGAGAAGGAGCUGCAGGAACUGACCAAACCCAAGGAGCUGUCCAGGGAAGCCGCCCCCGAGGGAAGAAGGGCCUGUGAGGUGGGAGCAGACCAGGGCCCACACGUGGUCCUCUGGACACUGGUCUGCCUCCCUGUGGUCUUCGUCCUCUCUUUUGUGGUGGCGUUCUACUAUGGCACGAUCACCUGGUACAACAUCUUCCUCGUGUACAAUGAGGAGAGGACCUUCUGGCAUAAGAUUUCCUACUGCCCCUGCCUCAUUCUCCUCUACCCAGUGCUCAUCAUGGCCAUGGCCUCCUCCCUGGGGCUCUACGCCGCUGUGGUCCAGCUCUCGUGGUCUUGGGGAGCGUGGUGGCGAGCUGCCUGUGACAUGGAGAAAGGCUUCUGCGGCUGGCUGUGCAGCAAGCUGGGGCUGGAAGACUGUUCUCCCUACAGCAUCGUGGAGCUGCUGGAGUCCGACAACAUGUCGGGCACACUCUCCAACAAGGACCCCAUCCAGGAAGUAGAAACCUCCACUGUCUAAACCACCAGCGACCUCUUUCCCAGGCCCGAGUAGUCCAUUAGUCAUGCUACAGUUCUAGCAGGUUCUGUCCUCAAACUAUCCAAUACCCUUUACAGUCCUGGAAAAUCCUAGCUCACACUGGUCCGACCCGCUGUCUUCGUGAUCCAAUGGGGCAGGAAACAGAAAGGUGGCUGGUGCCAAAGCAGUUGGUCCGGUACACAAAUGCGUCUUGACUCUUUGCCCUAAACUGACCAUUGAUCUGGGAUGGGAAGAUCCACUGUAAAUCCCUUCAGGGGCCUGGAGGUGUUAUUGGUGCCGGUAAUCCAGGGAAGUGUGUGCCUAAGGGUGACAGAAAGAAUAAAGAGGCUCAGGGGUAACCAAAUCCACCAAGAAAAUAGCUGGAGAUGGUGUGGCACAAUUAGGGAGGUAGACUACUACUAUAAAGAUGGCGUGCAUACUGUUAUAAAGAUGGCAUGCAUCACUUACGUUUGGAUAGAACGACCUAUAACUCAAGCCCCACACAUCAGUCAACUAAACAAGAGAGAACUCUAUUUCCUUCUUAGAUAGCUGGUCUGGAGGUGGACCAUCCCAAGGCCCGGUGACGUCAUCUGGAACGCACAGGACGGUGGCCCUCGGUGCUCUUUUCCCUCCGUUUUCAAAUGCUGACCACGUCUCUGGCCGUCACAGCAGUGUUUCUGGAAAAUACAGAAGAAGCCAAAGAGGGCACAAAGCCUCCGUCAAUAUUUAUGGUAUCUCACUGACCACACUAUAAUUACAUGACCUCACAAUCAAAAGAUACUGGGAAAUGUAAUCUUUUAUCUGGGUACCUAUAUUCCUAGAUGGUAUUGGGGUUGUGUGAAUUUGUGAAGAAGGGAAGAAUGGCUAUUUGGUAGUCGAGUAAGAAUCCACAUCUUAGCCGGGCGGUGGUGGCGCACGCCUUUCAUCCCAGCACUCGGGAGGCAGAGGCAGGCGGAUCUCUGUGAGUUCAAGGCCAGCCUGGUCUACAAAGCGAGUUCCAGGAAAGGCACCAAAACUACAUAGAGAAACCCUGUCUCAAAAAACCAAAAGAAAAAAAAAAAAAAAAGAAGAAGGAAUCCACAUCUUAGGAUAGGUAUUUAGAUAAUUCAGAAUUCCAAACUACUAAUGCAGCUUUAUUUAUUUAUUCAUUUAACUAUUUUGGCUCUAGUCUUACAUGGAGAAUGUAUACAUAGAUAUGAGCUACAUACACUAUGCAUAUGCCUCGGAUAGUAGCAUCUCGUGUACUUGGCAACUUACUUUCUGUCAUGUGGUUUCAGGUUCCUUUGGAAAACCUGUUAGAUAGGAGCAUCCGGUUAUAUAAUCACAGUGUAAUUCUUCCUGGAAAGGAAAGGGGAACAGUAUUUAAUCUAUAAAGACAGGAGAGAGAGAGAGAGAGAGAGAGAGAGAGAGAGAGAGAGAGAGAGAGAGAGAGAGAGACUGCCAAACACUAACCCAGCAGGGAUCAGUAGCUCAAAACACAAACCACAUUUAACUUGUGUUUUGGUCAAACCCAGGAGCCUUAUUCAUCAGAUCAGACCUUUCUAGCACGAAGCUUCCCUGACAGGAUUAGGAGUGAUGUAACAGAUUAAUCCAGAUGAAAAGAUUCUUGAUGGAAGAAGUAACAACUUCAUUUCUAAGAGUGUCCUGGUUUCAAACUGUCCAGUCCUAAGAGGUCGGUGAGUUUUUGGAGUUUAUAAAAUGAGUGAUGACUAUUUUUCUUUGUGUCUCAGAAAGAAGUGCUUCAAAGAACUGCCUGAACUGAACUAGAGGGGUUGAUUAAGCUCCCCCAACUGCCAGCCAGGGACAUUCAUUUAAUGUAUGGUGCUGAACUCCAGUUUCAGAGACUUAAAAAACAAUCCUGUUAUUAGUUUGAUCAGAAGAAAAAAAUGUGUCCAGUAUUUUUGAGAAUAUUGGAGGUGCUUUCUGGUGCAUUUCCAGAGAUCUGAAUAAUUUAAAUGAAAAUAAAGAUAAUAAAAUCUGA